AUGGAAGUUGAGAUUAUAUCUAGAGAAGUCAUUAAGCCUUCCUCUCCAACCCCACCUCACCUAAGGCUUCACAAUCUAUCAUUUUUUUAUCAGUUCAUCCCUUCCUGGUUUGUUCCUGUUCUCCUAUUCUACCCCAACAAAGCUUCAUAUUCCGCCACCAAAAGAUUGCAUUUGCUCAAAACGUCCUUAUCUGAAACACUAGUCCGAUACUACCCACUUGCAGAAAGGAUUGGAGACUCAGAAUCUAUUGAGUGUAACGAUGAGGGUGCUGUAAUUUGGGAAGCACGAACCAACUGUGGGCUAUCUGAAAUUUUGAAGCACCCAGAGAAUGAGACACUGGACCAGUUGUUGCCAGACGAUCUGCAGUGGACUACUAAUUCAAACAUCCCUUUAGUUAUUCAAGUCACCUUCUUUGACUGCGGAGGAAUGGCCAUUGGCUUGUGCUUGUCACAUAGGAUAUUGGACAUGUCAAGCAUGGGCAAAUUCAUCAACAACUGGGCUAACACUGCCCGUGGCACAGGUGAUCAUCAAAACGUUUUGCCGGAUUUUAGUGCAGCGACUCUGUUCCCACGUGGUGAUCUACCAGUGCCACCACCACAUAAGCUUCCAGGAGGGACUGUUGUCACCAGGAGGUUUGUGUUUAGUGCCUCAAAAAUAACAUCUCUCAAGGCCAUAGCCAGUAAAAAUGUGCAAAAUCCCACAAGGGUUGAAGUGGUAAGUGCUCUAAUCUAUAAAUGUGCAAGCUCUGCCUCUAGAGCAAACUCAAAUUCGUCAAAUCCGACUCUCUUUGUCCAAUCACUGAAUUUGCGUUCAAGGACGGGACCGCCAUUGCCUGAAAAUUUUAUGGGAAACGUAGUUUUUAUAUUUUCAGUAUUGACAAGUGAGGAGAAUAAAAUAGUUUUACAUAGUGUAGUUGGACAGAAGAGGGAAGAAUUAGCGAAAUUCUUGAUAGUGGAUUUUGGUUGGGGGAGACCGGAAUGGGUAACCACUACUAGUAAUGGGAUGAAGAAUUCUAUUCUGCUGUUGGAUACAAGAGAUGGGCUCGGGAUUGAAGCACCGGUGACUUUGGAAGAACAAGACAUGGCUAUAUUUGAGCGUGAUGAUGAACUGCUUUCGUUUGCUACUGUUAAUCCUGGUGCUGUGGAGGCUGCCACUACAUAA